AUGUUUGGGAAUCUUUUUGAGGAGGAUGGCGAUGAGGCUGAAGGAGCCUUCUCCUCUGGGGGGACGAGAGUUGCCAAAGCGGGAGACGAGCCCCCAGCUCCCCGAGGAAGAAGCAAACUGUGCGGCAUUCGGAACCAGGGAGGGACGUGCUACCUCAACUCCCUGCUCCAGACCCUCCUCUUCACCCCUGAGUUCAGAGAGGAGCUCUUUGCAUUGGGGACUGAUGAGUUAGGAAGCCUUGAAGAUAAAGACAAACCUGGGGCCAAAGUCCGUGUCAUCCCUCUGGAGCUUCAGAGACUUUUUGCCCGUCUCUUGCUUGUGGACCAACAGAGCGCCUCCACGGCAGACCUCACUGACAGCUUUGGCUGGAACAGCAAUGAGAGAACAAACCAACACGACGUGCAAGAACUGAACCGGAUUCUGUUCAGCGCUCUGGAGAAAUCCCUUGUGGGCACCUCCGGCAGCACGCUCAUCCACCGCCUGUACCACGGCAUCAUCGUCAACAGCAUCGCUUGCAAGGAGUGCGGCAACGUUAGCCAACGACAGGAGGACUUCCUGGAUCUGACGACGUGCGUCUGCGGCAUGUCCAGUCUUGAGGAGGCUUUGUGGAGCAUGUUUGUGGAGGAGGAGUUGUUCCAAGGCAAUAAUCUGUACAGAUGUGCAAUGUGUGACAAAUUGGUCACUGCUGCUAAGUCUGCCAAGUUGAAGAAGCUCCCCCCGUUCAUGACCAUGUCCUUGCUGAGGUUCAGCUUUGACUGUAAUAAGUGCGAGCGCUACAAAGAGACGGGCCGCUACAGCUUCCCCCUCACCAUCAACCUACGGCCAUUUUCUCAACAGACGGACGGAGAUGAUGCCGACUACUCCUACGAGCUGUUCUCCGUCAUUAUCCACAAGGGCGGCUGCUAUGGCGGCCAUUAUCACGUUUACAUUAAGGACAUCGAGUGCCUAGGUGUCUGGGAGCCGGCGGUGAGAUAACAAAAAAACAUAAUGCAGGACUGGAUCCAAGAAUCAAACUAAUCUCCUCUGUGUGUUUGUCAGGAGGAUGACACCGACAAAAAAAAGGCUCCUCUGAAGGCCAAACAGCGAGUGAAGGACCUGCCUGAGAGCAAACUCAAUGAAAAUGACCCUCUGAGUGUCCUCACUGCUAUUAUUGAGCAGGAGCCAUCUAAGAGCAUCCGGUUAGACCAAUUGGGUCAGAAACUCAUGGAGAAGCUCGGUUCCUCUUGGGGCAAAGCCUUUAAGAAAGACUAUGGCCCCAUUGCCAAGUUCCUGCAGUCACACAGUGAUGUUUUCAUGUUGGUAUCCAACGGUGCCCAAGUAGCACUGAAGACAGAAAGCCCCAUGAGCGAGCCCCCUGGUCCUGCCGACCCCCCCGCCGCUGCAGGCCCACAAGGUGACACCGUUGCCGAACUGGAGCGCCAACAAGAGGCGAGCCACUGGUUUGACCUGAACGACUCCGCCGUGACCUCUAUCCGGGAGUCGGACAUUGAGAAGCAGUUCCAGGGCAAAGAGAGCGCCUACAUGCUGUUCUACAGGAAGAGUCAGCUGCAACGGCCCACAGAAGCACUGAGCAGCCCUCACUAUAAAGUUCCUCAUCAUCUCAUCCAGAUGGCACAGGAAGAGAACGUCAAGCUACAGCAGAUGCGGGAGGACUAUGAGGCCAGCAAUAACCACGUGGAGCUGCGUGUCCACCUGGCCUCUUCUUAUAGGCUGAUCAACGGAGCCCUGCAGCCAAUCAACAGCGAGCCCAAUCCCGGCACUGCACUUCUUUUCGACCGCAGAAAGACUGUGGGAGAGUUGCGAUUGGCUAUCUAUGAGCAACAAGAACAAUGGGAGGGUGACAUGGUUGUGACCUUGGCCAAGAUGCUUCCAGCAGGUCUUCACCUGUACAACACCCUCACAGAUGACAGCGUGUCACUGUGCAGUGCAGGCAUCAAUACAAACCCUGACUUGUUUGUAUGGAAUGGACUCGAGGUAUGCGGCGCAAGUGUCCUAACCGGAGUCGAAUGGGAGCCGGUGCUGCUCACCGUCGUCCGACCCUCCGUAGAGGCGCGAGAUGAGCCGGAGGGGCCGGCGAUCGACGAGACGGGCGACAGUACGAAUGGCGGCGAGGGUCUCAAAAAAGAGGCGAGGGCGUUCGCCGGCGGCGCCACCCUCAGUGAAGUGCGGGAAGCUCUGGGCGAGCCCGCCGGCAGUCUGCUGUGUCAGGAGCAGACGGACGCCAAAGGAGGACAGCGUGGGGGCGGAGGCUCCAGCGGGUGGCGGAUGUUUUCGCCCGACGACAUGGUCCGGACCCUCAAGGAGCUGUCGCUUAAAGAUGGCGACGCCAUGCUGGUGCUGGAGCCGCAGUCUUUUGAUAACGGCAUGUUCACCGUCAACGGAGACGUGAUCACCGUGAUGACGCCGUCCGAUUGUCGCUGGCUCCAAGUGGAUUUUCAACCGCAGGGUGGCGGCGACGCGGACGAGAGGCGUAGAGUCAAGGUUCCCGCCGCGGGCGACAUGCUGCUGUGUGAGGUCAAACAGAGAGCCAUAAAGGAGCUGCAACUCCCAGGUGCAGACUGCUGCUUGCGACAGAUGGACAUGAGUGGGAAACUCCUUCCUCCAGUAUGCGAGGACCUGUGCGUGCGCGACGCCGGCGUGCGGCUCAUGACCACCAUGAUGCUUUGCGUGGGACGUGCCCCCAAGGCUUCGCAGCUUUUCCUGCACUUUUCUGUGGGUUCAGCGCCACCUACUGGAAUACUGGAGAUGGACAUAAACAUAGAGAAGACCUGCACUGGUAAAGAGUGUCUACAGAUAGCGCUUAAUGCUUUUGGAAUCGAUGGAACCUGUUGGCACUUGAGAAGGCUCGACUGGUGUGAGGAGUUGGGAGAGCCGCUGAACGACGAGGAUGCAUCUCUGUCAGAGUUGAAGAUAAACAACGGAGAAACACUCGUCAUCUCAGAAGGACGACUUCCUCCAAAAGGCUUUCUUGAGCUGUCCGUCUGGCUGUAUCGAGGACCUGUUUCCAUAGCAACAGAUAAGAACCACACUGACAACGGCCCAGCUGAGGAGGAUCACGCCGCAGAUCAAACUGAUUCUCACCCAUCCGAUCUUACGAGUGUCGGCCAGGUGGAGAUAUCAGUCGAAGGCAGUCUGGAGGACCUCAAGACUCAGGUGUUGACGCUUCCAGCUUUACAGAACGUGUGUGUGCCCGCAAACCUUUUGCGGGCGUGGGAGAUGGAGGGACGCAGCUUGGCUCGCAUCCUCAGAGGAAACCAAAUCACACUCAGGAAGCUCAAGAUAACCAGCGGCUCAAAUAUUUGUGUGCAACAGCUGUUGAAAGCGGAAGACCUCGGCCCCAAGGAAAUUGUGCUGAAUGUCAAGAUGGGAGUACCAGGGAAGCGCUGCUACCAUCCGGCAGAGGAGCUGAUCUGGGACGCUUCGAGGGACCCAUCGCCCGCCAGCUUGCGUACCUUCGUGGCUGAGAGCUACGGCUUGCCCGCUGCCUCUCUUCGGUUGGCCAAGCAGCGGCCGCACAAACAUACCUGGGAAGAAAUCUGCAGCUGGAGCAGCCAACUUUCCAAGAAGAAAAAGAAGAAAAAGACAGAUUCACUAUUAGGAGCACCGUUUCAUCUAAAGGAUGGCGAUGUGAUAGGUGUCAGGAACCUUUUGAUUGACAGCAAGGACUUUGACAUUUGGGAGGACGAACAAGAGCAAGCAGAGCAACAACACAAAGGAGAUCGGGCUGGAGGCUCAAACUGCGCUGGAUCACAAACAAAGGCGCCCAAAAGGCCCGAGGUGGCGCUAUCCAUCAAUGUCGGCGUCUUCAGCAGCAACUGCCACUAGCGCACAGCCGAUGGCGCCCUGUUGCAUAACAGAGACAAUCCUCGAAGAAGAACUGGAAAGCUUCUUGAAAGUUUAUUGACCAGCCACUCAAGUACCAACAAUACUGUAGAUUGUACAUAAUGUGGUUGGAACUUUUUGUUUAAUUCAGGAUAACGAUGUAACGCUUCAAAAUGGAACGAGAGGGAGAAGAGGCCUUUACUGUACAUUGACGAGCAUCGGUGCCGUUGACCCUCCCUACCUCACUCUUGCAGUCUACCUCCGCUGACCUCCCCCCGUGUUUUUUUAAGCGCAUCAAACUGCCAACCAAUCCUGAAAUGUUAAAGGUCCCAUGCAACUAUUUUUUAUUUAGGUUUUUAAAUCUCUUUUAAGAUCGUUUAUGUCAGAUUUGCAAGAUAAUUAUAAAUAUGUGAAUGAGCUUUUCUCUGAUUGGUUCGGUUAGUUACCAAUAUGUGGCCGUCUUGUGGCUUCAGUCUCGGUCAUGUCCCAGACUUGCCUUGACCUAAGUUGGACAUGAAAUGAUGCAAAAAUUGGAUUGUGGUAGGAUUUGACCUUUCAUCAUUAUUUAUUUUGGGGGUUUCAAGUAUUGGAAAAAAAAAAAACAAUCUUCAUUGGCUAAACGGUUUAAAGAAACUUUUGAAAGCAUUUUGCAGGGGCACCAAUGUUUUUUUUAAUAACUUGUGAUGGUCUGCAAAAGUAAAUAUUUAUCUUGGAAAAUUAAAUGUUCUUGCAUGGGCUGUGUGAAUUUGUAAUUCAUCAGUAUGACAUUUUUGAAUGAGAAAAAUAUCUUUUUGUUUUGUUGCUGUAAUAAUCUCACUGUAAGCAGUGCCAACAAUUAUGGCUGAUGAUAAAUGAUCAGAACAUAUUUUAGAGUAUUUUCCUCAAUAGGUUUUACUGUAAAAUGUAUUAUCCAAAUAAAAGUAUCCAGAAUAAACGUAUUCAAUUUUG